AUGUCGGGAAGACUCGUCUCAUCGGGCAUACGCCUGCCAAAAUACGUUGCUGGAGAUGGGAGACUCGACCUCAUGAAGAUCUCGCUCUCAUCACAUGCUCAGCGACAGACAUUACAAAGAAUAUACAGGCAAAGGUCCCAGCAUCGCCAAUUUCAUGUCUCACCUUCUCAGGCAGCAAAAUCUAGAUUUGACUCCCCCAAGUCGGAGAAAGAUGAAUCCAGAUUCGCCGCUGCCAAGUCGAAGAAAAAUGCUCCACAAUCAACCCCAGAGCCAAACGCAGCCCAAGACCAGGGGGAGCCACGCGUCACCAGGAAGGAGGUGAAGCGAGAGCGAACGAAAAUACUCCUAGAACAACGGGAACAAAAAAUCCGAGAGCUAGAAGCACAAGAGAAAGAAAGACUAGAACAGGAAAAACAAGAGGAAGAGAGAGCGGAACAGGAAAGGCAAGAGCUCAAACGACUGGUCAAAGAACAACUAGGCCUAGAAACAGAAAACCCAGCAAAAGAGGAGAAGAGCCGGUCAGAGCAGAGUUCGAAUGUCGUCCGCAAGAUUUUCUUUUCCGGAGUUGCCUCGGCCGGUGCCCUCGUCUUAUGGGAGAUGUGGAGGUUUGCUUACAGCACCGAGCCACUCAACGACCAGAAGUUUUCACCAUUUGAGAUUGUUGACCGGCAACAAGUGUCCCCUACGGCCUUUAUCGUCACCGUCAAGCCGGUUGUAUCACGCCUGGGCGGUCUCGCCAGCCAGUGGAAGCUGGCAUGGCUCGAGACGCUCCAGCACAAACUUGCGUGGGAGGGUACCUGGGCUGUUGAGAUCAAACAGCCCGAACUCCAAGUCGCGCGAGAUUACACCCCCUUGCCGGAGCUGGAUGUGCUUAGGGCUACAAACGAGUACGACACUCGCGGCCGUAUCGAACUCUUCCAGCUGCUCAAGGGUCUCUUCUCCCCACAACAAUCCAUCCCCACGUUCAAGUUCCUGAUCAGGAGAACAGAAGGCGGGGAGGUGAGCAGCUGGCUAAGCCGCAGAAAAGUGGGGGACACCAUUGAACUACGCGGACCACACCAGAGCUUCAAUGUCGUCGCCCGGGCGGGGUACAAGGAAGCGGAAGAGCCCAAAAGGGUCGUGUUUCUCGCCGGCGGAACAGGCAUAGCACCAGCCCUCCAAGCAGCCGGGAGCCUCUUCCGGGAACACGGACAAACCUUGAAGAAAAUGCCCCAAGUCGACAUUUUAUGGGCCAACCGGUCAAAAGAGGACAUCAAGACCGACAACCCUGUCAUUGAGCUUCUCGAGAAACUGAAGGAAAUGUCUCGGGGGAAGAUCAACUAUGUUUGCGUUGUGGAUGAGGAGGGGAGAUUCAUCACCGCGAAUGAUAUCGUCGCCAAGACGCAAAUCACACCGCCGCGAAAGUCAUGGUUUUGGAAUUCUUCAAAGGCCGAAUCAACCCGGUCAAAAGACGAUGUCAACUGCUACUAUCACUCCUCAAAACACCUGAUCACUUCUGCGGGUGAGGACUAUGAGAAGGUUGAUGGGGAGAACCCACGACGGCAGUGCGCCUGCCCUGUUGGAAGGCCGAGCUUUAAGAAUCUGCUUAUGGUGUCUGGGCCCGAGGGUUUCAACAAUCACUUUGCUGGACCAAAGUAUUGGGCUGACGGCAAGGAGAGGCAGGGCCCGGUUGGGGGUGUUAUUGGGGAAUUGGCGAAGAAGUACCCAAGUUUGGCGAGCGAUUGGCUUGUGUUGAAGUUGUAA